UUCAUAUCUCCAGAAGAGGCCCAACAAAGAUAUUGAGUUCAUUGAUUCAUUCUACCCGUAGUAUAUUUUUAUAUUAUCCCCAACAGGCUUAGGGCUUUUAGUUUCUCAUCAUCGGAAAUUGGGAGUUAACAGUGAUCCGACACAGAUCAAUUAUAUAUUCGGAGUGGCAGACGAAAAAUUCAUUUUUGGCUUUUUGUAUUCAAAUUAAGUGAUUGGAUUGGAUUGGAUUGGAUUGGAUUGAAUUGGGUUGGAUUGGAUUGAGCAGAAGGGAGCAGAGAUGGGUAGGGAUAGGGAUAUGUCGAGGUCACCAGCGUAUAGAAGAAGGUAUUCCCGGUCUCCGUCACCGGUGGUGCACAGGUCUAGCCACCGAAGCCGUCGAGAGAGAAUUCGAUCUCCUUACUCGCGCAGCAGAAAAAGAAGUCGUUCAAAAUCCCCAAGACGCCACAAAAGUCGCUCUCCAGUUUCAAGGCGUCAUAGAAGACAAAGAAGUAAGAGCAAAUCCUUGUCACCUAUUGGUAAACCUCCCAGAUCAAGUACUGCUUUAAAAGACCGGAAGGAUGAUAGUGAAAUGCUAAGAAAAGAGGAAGAGGAGAAGAAAAGGUAUAUGCGUAGUUUUAUAUCUUUCACUGGUACCUUUUUGUUUUUCUUUAUACUUUUCUUUGAGUUAUUGUGUCUUGUUCGUAAACUUGUGUAGGUGGAUUUGAUGUUUAAGUAUUUCCUUGUUUGGAUCGAGUUGUGUGUAUUAGAAAGAGUAAUGCACAUGUUUUAAUUAGUUGAUUGUUUGUGCUAGUCAGCUAUUGAGUGAUGUAGUUCUGUGGUUGAUAUGGCCGUGUAGGAUCUUAUGCUAUUCCUAAUACUGGUUUCACAAUCCACCGAGCUUAUAGCUUUUGAUUGUGGGGUUCUCAAAUGAUUACAAUUUGCAGUGACUCUUGGCAUUUUUGGUUGAGUAAGGGGUGUUUAGAAUUAAUUUUACACUUUCAAGAAGUAUUUUAGGCAGAAUCAGUUUGAUGAAUGCCGUAAUAUAAAUUCAUAGGCACUUCUUGCUAAGUUUAGGAAUGAUUUUUGGAGAAGCUACUCAAGCUAGAGGGUAGUAGGGUACUACUUUCUAGAAACUAAUUCUCAUUCAAAAGUUUCCAUUUCGUAGGUACCCCCAAUCCCCCAUCAUUUUCUCCGAAUUUUGGAAUUAAGAUUAUGAUUUUUAUUUUAAAAGUAAAGUUAUUAGAUUUGUGUAUUAUAGACUACAAUUCAUUUUGCUUCCUUUCAUUUUACUGGAUUCAUAUUUGUAAUUGUUGUUUCAGUUAUUUGAUCAUUUGUGUAAUUUAUACUCCGUAUUUUAUACAAUGCCCCCCUGGGGGCCUAGAGCUGGGGCAUCCAGCAAAUUAUUAACCUAUUAUGUAAAAAAAAUUGCACUGAAGAAUGGAAUAUGUGGUAGCACAAGAAUGCAAGUCGACGUCAAAUAAACAAAACAAAUUGGUGCUCGCAAAAACUAAAUAAAUCAAACUCUUAGAAAUACUAAAUAGCAAGCUAUCUGUCAAAAUCCUGUUUUCAGCAUCAGGCCAGGAAGUGCGCUCUCUCUCAUUGCCCUAUGCAUCUAUAGGAGGUCAGGCCUAUAAUUUGUAGUUGUUGAUGCAAAGUCAUAUUGGUCUGUGUUACGAUCCCACACCGGUCAAUUAUGGGAUUGAUUGGUGGCUUAUAAGCAAGGUGUUCCCUCCUCCUAAUCGGCUGGUCUUUUAGGAGUGGGUUCUACACCUGGGCUUAUGACACUGCUAUGGGCCUAGUAUGGGCUAGGUCUGUAACAAUUGGUAUCAGAGCCGUCCCCAUCUUCCUAGUCCUGACACUCGGAGUGGUGGCCUAUGGAGUGGUGGCUUGAGCCCUGGGGGUGCCAACCGUGACCAACAUAGCCGUGACCAACGAGGACGUUGGCUCUUCGAAGCGUGGGGUAUUGUUACGAUCCCACACCGGUCAAUUAUGGGAUUGAUUGGUGGCUUAUAAGCAAGGUGUUCCCUCCUCCUAAUCGGCUGGUCUUUUAGGAGUGAGUUCUACACCUGGGCUUAUGGCACUGUUAUGGGCCUAGUAUGGGCUAGGUCCGUAACAGUCUGGCCCGGGUAUUGAAUAUCCUUAACCUGUGCCCUCUACUAAUCUACAAUCUUUAGAUUUAAAUCCCACAGGCAAAGAAGUUCCAUCUUGUUUAUAGAAUGUUAUAUUCAUGAGUAAACUUGAUGAAAAAUUUGGUCAUAUUUUAACCUUAGGAAUUUGCUUUUCAUAAGCCUAUCUUAACACAAGGCUUGAAGUGCUUCGGUGAUUACCUUCAAAAUGCGACAGGUUACUUUGCAUUCUUCUCCACAGGAUUAAUUGAAGGAAGUUACUGCUAUAUUCAACUUGUUAUGUUUGAUGAUCAAUUUGGAUGCUUCGUUUACGGUUUAUCUACUGUUCACCAAGUUUGAUACUCAUCUGUUUCUACAGAAUUCAGUUAAGAGGCGCCAACAGGAAGCAGAACUAAAACUAAUAGAAGAAGAAACAGCAAAAAGGGUUGAAGAAGCAAUCAAGGAAAAAGUUGAAGAGAAAUUGAACUCUGCCUAUAUGAAGCUUGAAAUUGAUAAGCGACUUGUAGAAGGGCGGAAGAAGCUUGCCAUUGAGGUUGCAGCUCAGCUUCAAAAGGAGAGAGAAGCUGCACUUGUCAUGGCAAAACAAAAGGAGGAGCAGGCUAAGAAAGAGAAGGAAGAAUUGGAUAAGGUGCUUGAAGAGAAUAGGAUGAAGAUGGAAGAAGCUCAGAGAAGGGAAGCUUUAGAGCAGCAGAGGAUAGAGGAAGAACGUUAUAGGGAAUUGGAGGAGCUACAAAGGCAGAAAGAGGAGGCUAUGCGAAGAAAGAAACAGGAAGAGGAGGAAGAACGUGCCAAGCAAAUGAAAUUGCUGGGCAAGAACAAAUCUCGCCCUAAGCUGUCCUUCGCAUUCGGAUUGAAAUAAGUCUCAGUGUGACUCCUGGGUUCAUAUUGGUUCCUUCGGGCAAUACCUGUUUGUCCCUGUGUAUUUCUGUAUCUUUUUUCCCUUUUUUACUCGGUGGUGUUAUAAGUUUAGAUGUAAGAGCCAAUGAAUGCAAUGUUAGUUUAUAGAUGUAAUACCCCACGCCUCACAGCCGCAUGUAGUGAUAUACUGAUAUGUGCUGGUGGCUUUAGUUGGAAUAGUAUUAUUACCAUGGCGGCUUAUGAUAUAAGUACGUAUUCUUAUUACAUAGAUGACUCCAAAUUUUGCAAAUUUGGCCUUUUAGAUAUAUUUUUUGACCGAAU